CGCGAGAUCGACGCGAUGCUGGCGCGCGAGCGGCGCUCGGUGCGGCGCCUGGUCAAGAUCCUGCUGCUGGGCGCCGGCGAGAGCGGCAAGUCGACCUUCCUCAAGCAGAUGCGCAUCAUCCACGGGCGCGAGUUCGACCAGAAGGCGCUGCUCGAGUUCCGCGCCACCAUCUACGAGAACAUCCUCAAGGGCGGCAGAGUUCUGGUUGAUGCACGAGACAAACUAGGCAUCCCUUGGCAGUACACAGAGAAUGAGAAGCAUGGGAUGUUUCUAAUGGCCUUUGAAAACAGAGCUGGGAUCCCCAUUGAGCCCUCUGUGUUCCAGCUGUACGUACCUGCGCUGAUGGGGCUGUGGAAGGAUGCUGGGAUCAAGGAAGCUUUUGGCCGUCGAAGUGAAUAUCAGCUGGGAGAAUCUGUGAAAUAUUUCCUGGAUAAUCUGGAUCGGAUUGGCCAAUUGAACUAUUUUCCCAGUAAGCAAGACAUCUUGCUGGCCAGGAAAGCUACCAAGGGGAUCGUGGAGCAUGACUUCAUCAUCAAGAAGAUCCCCUUCAAAAUGGUGGACGUGGGUGGACAGCGAUCGCAGCGCCAAAAGUGGUUCCAGUGCUUUGACGGAAUAACAUCCAUACUGUUCAUGGUCUCCUCAAGUGAAUAUGACCAGGUUCUUAUGGAAGACCGGCGUACAAACAGGCUGGUCGAGUCCAUGAACAUAUUCGAAACCAUUGUCAACAACAAGCUCUUUCUUAAUGUCUCCAUCAUCCUGUUCCUUAACAAAAUGGACCUUCUCGUGGAGAAAGUACAGAAUGUUAGCAUUAAGAAGUACUUCUCAGACUUCAGAGGUGAUCCUCAUCGGCUGGAAGAUGUUCAGCGUUACCUGGUACAAUGUUUUGACCGAAAGAGGCGGAAUCGCAGUAAGCCCCUCUUCCACCAUUUCACCACGGCCAUCGAUACUGAGAACAUCCGCUUUGUGUUCCAUGCUGUGAAGGAUACGAUCCUACAGGAGAACCUUAAAGAUAUUAUGUUGCAGUGAAGGAAAGCUGACCCCUCUCCAUUGAAACCUAGCCUAACAGUCGUAGAUUCAGCUACUGUUUUUGCGGUUCUCCCAAUGGGUUUGUUCCUAAAAGAUCAGUGCUGUUUACUUGGCUCACAAAGGCUGCAAAAUAGCCCUGACAGAGGAGCGACAAGCAGAAGGACUGUGAAAGCUCAUUUGCUACUGAUUUGCUUAAUUUAGAAACACUACUGAAAAAGUGACUGUUGUAAGAGCAGUGCCUUCUUCUGAAAACUGAGUAACACGUCUGCCUUCUGCCUUUUGAAGAGUGACCCCUCACUUUGAAAACUAUAAAGAACUUUUGUCUGUUGAAAGGUUAUUGUGCAAGAGUACUAGAAUUUGCCGGCAGUGAAACCUGUCUGCCUUACUAAUUCUGGGUGCUGAAUUAACAAAUCCCAAGAGCAUAUUCCAUUCACUAAUGGAUGCUUCUCUUUGGGGAAUACAUUGUAAUAUAUUUUCCUAUUCCAGAGAUCAACAUCCCAUGUUUUGGUGCAUACAAGAUGGUUUGCCGGAUAUUCAUCUAGCUCUUUCUGAAAAUCUCUCUAGCCUCCUUCAUACGAAAAGUUUAGAACUGUAAUGAAUUUAUCUGGUCACACAAGUACAGUUUUGUUUUGUUUUUAAGCAGCUUGUGUCAGAGGGGGCAAAACCCUGAGGCCUGGGUUGGUGCAGCACAAGGGCUUACCUUUGCACUACAUGUUACGGUGUUCAUUGCAUUGUGAAACAUAAGCCACAGCAAUACAGCGCAGGCCAGUGCUCAGAUGCCUGAUGUCCUAUCAAGACAUCCUCCAUCCUUUCCCAAACCUAGAUUUGGAACUAUACGAAAGCGCAGUAUGACUGUUCUUUGUCUCUGGUGUGGCAGCUGAGGCUACUUUUUAGGCAGAUCUUUGAUUAGCAGUGGCUGCCCAUAACACCAAAGCCGAAUCCUCUUGCGAGCGCCACUUAAUAGCUGCACUGAGUUUGAACAGAAGGACCUUGCUUGGCAUUCAUCCUUAAUUGUUGAUGUAGGGUUUUAUUAGCCUAUAUAAUAUACAUUUAAAAUAUUGUAUCAAGUCUAAGCUUGUCCCUUUAAGGCUACCACAGAGUAAGUGUGAAUUUGCAGGAGGCUGUGAAUAAUGUUGAUGUGAGCUUAUUUUUUUAAUUCUAAAAUGUUGAAUUUAACUAUGGGUGCCUUUUCUGUGUGUACACAUUUUACAUUCUUUCUGCUCUGAGGCAUGUAUUAACACCAAACCGAGACCUGUAUUUUCAGUGCUAUAGUCAUUAUUCAGGGAUCUUCUUAAACAUAAGAAAUGUUUACUGUGACAUUGGUACCGUACAUGUCAUACUAAAACAUAAAGGGCUUAGUCUUUCCUAUAUCAUGUUAUCAGAAUGCUGUACUUUAUGCCCUAUUGGGACGAUCAUGUCUUAAACAGAAAGCACUCCAGACAUUAUGCCACGAAUAACCACACUAAUAACUUGUUGUGACUUUGUUGGGCAAAAUUUGCAAUUUUUUUUCUUGUGUGGGUUACUCAAGUUUAUAUAAGCAUGUUUUUGUGUGGUGUACCAUACUUUGUAAAUCAGAAAUCUUCCUCACUUGUAGUGAUAUUUUGUGCAAAAUCAAACAAUGUUUUGAAAAUAAGGGGACAAUUUCCUAGUUUUUAUGCAGAGUUGAAUAUCUACUAAGACAGCUGCAGACUCAACAUUUUGAGGAUACUCUUACAUUUGGGAAUUUACCUAGUGGCAAUCUUACUUUCUGUGUGUAUGGAUAUUUCCUACUCUGUAUUAGGUCUGUAUUACUCUUGAACUAAGGCCUAUCUUUUCAGGACCAAUUUUAUUUCCGUAUUUGCUUCUAGACAAGAUGUUUCUGUUCUGCUACAUAUAUGAGAAAGUGUUAAAAAACCAUUUUGCAGGAGAUAAAAUUGCUCUUCCAUGUAUAAGGGGGCAUGCGUCUUGGCCACAGCUGCCCAGCUCUCUCGAUCUGCUAGAGCUGAUGUUAUAUUUACCAGACUUCUUCGUCGCUUAUUCUCUUAAAUUGCAAUUCCUUGUUUCUAAGGGGGCUCCUGAUAUGCAUUUUCAAGUUGCAGGCUGAAACUCUGAGGAGUUUUCAAGAGUGAUUUGUGAUGUGGCUACUGCAUCUGCCUUUAAAAGAAGUCAGAAUUCCCGUUAGACGUAUUCACAUGCUUAAAAUAGUUCUUCUGUAUCCCAGCCACCGUAUUUUAACUGGGUUCCUCACCAGAAGUUUCCUGUUUGGAGAAGGCUUGGCUAUUCAGUUAAUAAUUGAACUUGGAUUCCAUGACUAUCCAAAAGUGCCUCCAUUUUAUGUACAAACCUUUAUUUGGCCUUACUUGUCAGACAGUAGCACAAAGUUGUUUAAUUACAAGUAUUUAAAAUCUGGACAAUGCUGCCAUUUGCAUAUUAAAAUAAAAACCACAAUCUAAUACAUUUGAGUUCUCAAACUGUUUUUUUACAACCCCGUACCCAGAAAUAUACUUGCUUGUUAGUGUGGCUACUGGAAUACUCACAGAAAGUACCGUGUGCCCCUUUGAUGAACUAGAUGCAGUCUCGUUCAUAUAAUGGGAGUCCCUGGCUGAAACAAACAUGAGCAUAGUGGCUUUUUGUGGCCAGAUAACAUAAGCAAUCUAGUCCACCCAGUGGGACCUUACAGUCAGUUUUCUUGGUGUCAAGGAUGUUCUUUACUUUUGUAUCUUCUCAUCCCUCCACAGUUCCAUUAUCCCUCCUUUGAUCAUGGCUGCAGCUGUAGUACGUUUGUUUAACUUUUCAGUCGAAGCUUGAUAGCUAAGCAGUUCUGUGAUUCCACUAGUGUGUGUGUGUGUGUGUACACACGCACAGUCACCAAUAAGUCCGUUUUAACAACUUUAGGGUUUUACAGUGCAGUCCAGUUUAUUCUUAUUGGUCAGCCCUAAACAAUAAUGCAAUGUAUGGCUUGGUAGGCAAUAUAGUAAGCCUCUUCUGAUGUGUGCCAAUAGUUAGCUUAGAACUGACAAGAAGAAUAUUUCUCGAAUCUCGUGCUGUUCCCUUUGCAGUCCCCAAAUUGCUCCUCCCUACUUUCUCUUGCCAGAGCUGCAAGACAUUUGCCUUAGUUGUAAUCCUUGAGAACAGUUUGUUCUAAGUGCAGUUUAGUGGGAAGCAGAAGGAUUUGUAGAUGGAAUACUUGAUUCUGACUAGCCAGGAAAUGGAUUACUCACAGAACAAUAUUUUACAGGUCUUGAACUUACACUUUUGCACAUUUUAUACCCGACAAAUGUUCCAGGUGUUCGGGUUUCUCAUCUGUCAGAGGAAGAUUGCUGUGACAAAGUUUAUACCCUCUGUGACAGAGAGAAGCACAACGCUCCUGUGUAAGAGAGAAAUGCACAAGUGUGACACACGACACACAGGCUUGCUUAUUUAUAUAAACUUGGCAGGAGCAAGACCUUGAAAAACAUGCAGUUAUUUUGUGAAGUGGAAGCUGGAGGUUGGUGCUGCUGCUGAGGGGACGACUUGCAGUGGCAGUACUUAGCCUGUCAGCUAACAGCCAUGUUGUUGGAACAGAUUCUGAGACUGUUAACUUAGCAGCUGUGGAGCCUGAAGUGAAAAAAGCUGGAAGGGAGUUUAAUUCUGCCGCCCAGACCAUUCCUGUACGAUAGGCAGUUUUGAAUCUAUAACAAAAAUUUCUCCUCCUCUGCAAUUGACCACCACUCAUGUGGAUGACUUGACAUUGCUAUUUCCAUCACCAGUUCUUCUUGCUGAAAUAAAGACCCUUCCACCAAGGAGCCAGAAAGCAAUCUAGGGUUUGGCAGGCUUCCCUUGUUUUAGCUUGCGGUAACCCACUUGAAACUUACCAUGCUCCGGUUUAAACAAAAGCAAAAAACAGGUUAGCUUUCUGGUGAUCAGUCCAAAAUCUAUUGUUGGGAGGGAAUGAUGCAGAGGAGGAAUAGAUUUCCAUUCUAAAGAGAUACUUACGUACUGCUGCUUAAAUACUGGCACUCUGUAUAGUGAAACAAACGGCCAUCAGUGAAGACCCGGUGUGCUCUGAUGACUCUUCAGAAGGAGGAUUUGGCUGCUUAGUACAACAACAUGUUGGCAUCACUUGUAGCUAUUGGCAUGCACACAGAUCUUUUUCCAGCUUGCCCAUUUGUUUAUACCUGGGACUUGGAGAUUCAAGCCCCUUCCAGUGUAGAGUUAGGGGCUUUGGCUAUACAGAAGGGCCAAUAAAAUUCCUAAAGCCAAACACUUGUCUCUUUUUGUAAAUGCUCACGAAAUUAAGCCCUUAAGCACCAGGGCCCUGCAUGCCUUAAGAGACAGCCAGCCUCUUUGUUGCCCGCCCUUUUAUGAAAAGUCACCAAGACGGUCCUCUCCGUUGUAUAAUUCACACACCAAGUUCAAACUGCAAAGGUAAAAUGGCAUUUUCAGCAGUUGUGUCACAAUGGGGAAAUUCCAUUCCCUUGUCAAGGCCUUUCUAGGUGCAUUCAGAAACUUCAGAGAGCUCCGGAGGUGGUUCAGUGCACGGGGAGGGGUGGGAACCUGUAGGGAGAAGUGCCCCAUCCCCCAGGAACACACCUGGGGCUGCACCCCUGCCUUCCCAUAUUCCUCUUCGCGUUUUCCACGUCAUUUUCCCUACUGCACUGCCAAAGUUUGGUACUGAGUCAUGGCUUGCAUCCUCUAAAAGCAAAAGGGGUCCUGUUGCUUGCAAUUCCGUGCUGGGCGGCCAUUCAAGGGUUCAUGUUGCCCACCCUAAUCUUUAGGAGCCGUAAAGGAACCAACCGAAGCAUCCUAAAGCCACGAGCAAGCCCUUGAGUUUCUGGAAGCACUAUAAGAACCGAAACAGAUGAGCACUUUGUUUUGUGGUUGGAGGGAUGGAAUAGCAGCUGAAAGAUAGAAAUGCUUCACACGAAAAUCCUGCCAAAUGUUUUGGGUUAUGAGGAGAGGCAAGGUUUGAGUUGCUUUAGUAUGUUCAGGGUGUCUCCCCUGUGGAUCCCAGUAUCUGAGCCCCUAACCUGCAGCAGCCCAGCUCACGUUGGCCUGCUGUGCCUCUCCAAAGACUUGGCUUUACCUAAGCUAGCCUGGGCCAUGUUACUGGGUUCAUAAUGUUGAAAUUGUAUAUGAGAGCAUGAGGCCAAUGGGUGGUGUCCAUUCCAUGGGCCUGAAAGAGGCCAUUAGCCUCUGACUCCUUUCCCAUUGGUGACUGAAGAAAGCAACAUCAAAGCUGAUGCCAUUUUUUGUUCUCUGUUUUUUGUGAACUGCCUUGAGGACUUUUAAUUUUAAUUUAUUCACUGUACUUUUAAACUGUCCAAUAACUGAAGUUCUUUGGGCGGUGUCCGAUGAAAAUAUACCAUACGGAUAUUAAAACAAGAAAUAACACCGUAGAACCAUCCAGCAGCAAAGGAUGACAAUGUUGUAGCAUCAUAAAAUCUAAAUCGACAGAGUAGUGUACUAAACACCCUUCCUGAAAUGCCUGGGAGAAUAAAAAGAGAGUUACCCUGGUGCAGAAAAUGUCGUAAUGUAAAUACCAGCUGAGCGCCUCUGGGGGGAACAUCCCGUAAAUGGUAGCAUCCCAAGUUGUGCAUCUCCACGUUGCCCUCACACAGAAGGAAUACCUGGAAGAGGCACCCAAGCAGAUCCGACUGGUCUGAGCUCGUGGGAAUUCCGCACGUCCGAUCCAGGGAGCCAGGUUGGAUCUUUUUUCUGCAGACUUCCAUCUCUAUAAAGGACUGCAGUUUGAGUGUCUUCUCAGUGCUGAUGAAAGUUGCACAAAUAAACACCUCAAACUCGUUCUAGUGAUUUGCACAAAAGCAACAGACUCAUGCAAAUUACACUAUAGCCGCAUGGCUUUGGGGUGCUGAUUCGUGCAGAUUUUCCUAGUGGUUGGUGUUUUUUUGCAAUGCACAUGUUGCGGUCCCAUUUUAGACUGCGGUUCACAAGCUAGCUCAACUGUCAUCACAGUGCAGGGCUAAAGGUUUGGAAUUGUGGGAUGGGGCAAAUCGUAAAAACCCAUUGGAGUAUCUUUCCAUCAUUGGGUUCCCCGUCACUCCCUAGCCUCAGUUAGCAAUCUUCCUGUCCAGGAAGAUAAACUGCAAGCCGCAUUUUAAGAAAUACCCUAAAUAGAGCUAAUGAAAACGCAGUGCCUUCUCUUAUCUGUAGUUUGCUAGUGAUUCCUAUACCCCAGAGGGUAAUUCAUUCACCGUGCGUCAUGUAGAAGCUGCUGGCAUGCCCAUGCAGGCGACUAGCGGACGGGCGGAGGAGUCGCUUGCUACGGGCUAGUGAAACAAAAUUUAAAGCAAGGAAUUCUCAUCCCCUGUUCGCACAUACUCAGUAUAACACAACAGCUGUGUCUAGAACAAUAUUCGAUGCAACAUGGUGCCGAGUUCUAAAGGGACAGGAAAAGUACAUGCUGCGAGUAGCUGAUUUCUAGCUGCGGCAAAAAUGGGAUGGCUGUUGAAAGGUGGUUAUAAAUACAGAUAAUGCAUUGCCGGCAAAGGACCAAAACUCAUAACCUGCUCCUCAUACUCUUGAAUUGUGUUUUUAAACCGAUGACCCUUGUCUAAGCCCUAAAGGAGCAUCUGUAAUCCUUUGUAGCCUAGCGUCAGUUUAUGAAAGCUGUGCGUUGGAUUUAUAAAACAUGGUGGUGUAAAAAAAUGUAUUUUAAAACUCUGAAUUAGCUGUUCUGUAUAUCUGAAUUUUGUAAAUGUAUUAAAAUGUGACUUGUUGCCACUGUG